GAUGGGGAGGGAGAGAGUGAGAGAGGAGGGACGGCGGUGUGUCGUGACCUUUCCCGAUAAGCUCGGCGAUUGCUCGAAUGCGAACGCCUAGGGUUUCGAUCCCCGAGCCCUCGCCAAUCCCUCUCCCUCUUUGCUUCCUCACUCAUCUUUUUCUUGGAUGGAUUGCACUAGGAUUUCGCUCAACUAGGAGUCGGGUUCCCCGAAGACCCUAAGCCCUCGCGCCAUCCGUUAGCUCCUUCUCUGCCCUGCCUCCACAACUGUACUCUCUUUCUUCUCUCCGCUAACCCUUUUCUUGCGCGCCGAGGGGAUUGCGCGAGGAGAGGAAGAGAUCGAGGUACGGAAAUGGAGGAUUCUUGUCCGAAGCGGGCGUAGCGGCGUUGGCAUUUGUGGAGGCAGCUGCUUGGCGCGCGCUGAGAUCUUGAUGAGAAUUGGAGGAAUGCAGGCCGGCUGGGGUUCGGAUGCUUGGAAUCUGGAGUGAAGGAGUGGCUUUCAGGGCGGGGUUUCUGGGUUCCUGGAGUUUGAGUGGGUAGAUCUGGGAGGUCUUGAACGCGGAGGCAUUAGCUCGAAGGAAGUCAGUGAUGCUGCAGCUGCUGAUACCGCCUUGCAGGCCGCAGUGCUGAUUUCUGGCAGCCUGGCGAGCUCGAGCAGCGGGGAGAGAGGAGGAAGUCAAUAACAUCCGAUUCCUCCUGCGAGAAAAGCAAGGUCGCGAGCUAUCAUCUCCGGCCACGAACACGAUCCGGAGCGUCCAAAGGUCUCGCCUUUCUCCACUCCAUUUCCUUGCUCACUUUUAUUUCUCCCCUUGUACUGCGGACUGCGGACUACGAACUCGUCAUCAAUGCUAAAGGACAGCCUACCGCUGACUCUCAGCAACCCUAAGCUCCCGAGCUGACACAGUCACCCACCGCUUCCCAAAAAGGAGAUCAGGGGUGGAGAUAAGAAGGCAGUGGCGGAGAAGGCGAUAAAGAUCCGAUUUGGGCCCCAAAGAGGCAUGAGAGUGAGAUGGAAUUUGAGGAGAACAACCACGCUUGCAAGCGGUCACGGGUGGUGGGUAACGGCAGCCAGGCGGCCAAGAUAGGUCGCAAGGAGCACCAGGAUGAGGACGAAGAUGAUGGAGAAAGGAAGGGUGGAGGGGCCGACGUCGGCCGCGUCGCCCCCUGGCAGCACCACCCGUCGUCCAGGAUCUUUCGUGUUUCGCGUGCCUCCGGUGGGAAGGAUCGGCACAGCAAGGUCUAUACGGCGAAGGGCCUCCGCGACCGGAGAGUCCGCCUCUCGGUCUCCACCGCCAUCCAGUUCUAUGACCUCCAGGAUCGCCUCGGCUACGACCAGCCGAGCAAGGCCAUCGAGUGGCUGAUCAAGGCCGCCACGGCUGCCAUCAAUGAGCUCCCUCCACUCGAUGGCUUCCCCAAGCUGCUUCAACCUAGCGGAGAUGAUCAGAUGAAGGCCGAUCCUGUUGUUGAGCCGGCCUACAACCAGCAGCAGCAUCCACCGACCAAAUCCGGCUGCAGCAGCAACUCGGACACCAGCAAAGGCUCAGUCUCGUCUCUCUCGCGCUCGGAGAGCCGUGUCAUGGCCAGAGAGCGAGCUCGAGAGCGAGCAGCGAAGGAUAAAGAGAAGGACAGAGACGACAGCGGCCACAUCAUGGCCUCCCAUCACCAGAACCUGAACCCUAGGCUGAACCCGCAGACCCCCUCUUUCACGGAGCUUCUUACCGGCGGCAGCGGCAACAACGGAGGCAGCAACAUCUCUGCUGUUGCCGCAGGAGGGGAGAAUCCGGGGCACAAUUGCAUUCAGAAGCAAAUCUCCACAGCGGAUUACUUCGGCCAAGCUGGUCUCUUUACCCAGUCUCAAAAGAGUCACCAGCUGCCCUCAGGGUUUUCUUCCCAACCCCACUUCGGAAAUAGCUCUCCUAUGGGAAUUUUGCCUUUCAACAUUGCUGCCGCCGGCGACCAUCAAGAGAUGCAGCAGUUCCCUUUCUUGCACGAACAUUUCUUCCCCGUCUCGGCUGUGGCAGCGACAGGGGACCACAAUCUCAACUUCUCCAUCUCGUCGGGUCUUGCGGGUUUCAAUAGGGGGACCCUUCAGUCCAAUUCACCAGCUCAGUUGCCUCAGCAGCAACACCACAGUCACAACCACCUACAGAGGCUCUCUUCUACGGUUGACGGAUCGAACCUGCAGUUCUUCUUCGGUGCUGCGGCCGGUUCAGCUGCGGCCGCCACCAACACGGAGAAUCAAUUUCAGUCUGGGUUCGACGGCCGCCUGCAGCUUUGCUAUGGGGAUGGCUAUCGGCAAUCAGAUCUGAAAGGGAAAGGAAAGAGCUGAAAUCAUCACAAAAAUGAUGGCUUUUUUUGUGCAUAUUCCAUUGCUGGAAUAUUUGAAGUGUGAUCGAGAUAACUCCGAAGUGAAUAUGUCGAGCUCUCGAGGUGUCACCUACACAAAGAUCAUGGUCGAAAGAAUUUUAUUGACCUGAUCCCAUUGAUGUCUAAGUCAGUAACCAGAAGUAAGUGAGUAUCAUUAUUAGUAGUCAAAGUGAUCCUUUUGUCGUAGUGUGCUAAAAGUAUAUUUUUAUACUUUGUCAUAGAGGGCAAUAGAGGGGCAAAACAUUCUAUGGAGAGGCAGCCCUCAACCAUCUCUAACAACCUACUUUUAUCUACGUAGGCGACAAGGGAGGAGGCACCCCACAAGUACCUGCUUCGGACUUAUAUCCAUCUGGAUAGACCAAGGGGGCAGGUCUUAUCUCCCCUACGCUAUCUUGGUCAUCACGUAGAAGUCAUGUGUCAUAUGAUAAUUGGUUGAUGAUAUUCCUCUAUUAUUUGUACCUCUCGAAGGUGCGUUUCUAAGAUCACUUUCAGAGAGACCCUGAAGUGCAACUAUCAGCUUAUCUGACACGUGUGUCAUGCAGAGGUGAGGGAAGGAUCCAUCGAGAUGCUUGUUUCGGGCAAUAGAGGAUAUGAUUGACCUACUUGAUUUGCUACAUGGAUAUCAUUUUAUCGUUGCAUGAUGUGCCAUAACAACGUCGAGGUGCUUGUAUUGGGAGGUGGGAGCUGAUCAUCAUCAACCUGCUCCUUUUCCCUCUUCUCUUCUUCUAGCUCAAGUAGGACUUCAAUCCUAUCCUCGUGGAGGCACUUGAAGAAGGCCGUGACAAGUCCGUUUAUCAAGGCAAGCUAUGAGAGGAGUCGACAUGGACUCCUCCGCUUGUCGAGGUGACCUAUAGCACCUUAACCUAAUCUUGCUCAUGUCAUCACCCGAUCUGUAGCAGGGAUACUCCGAGGUCCUUGUUGGGCCAUGGGUCGGUUGUCUACCAAUAGUGGAGAUCUGCGACCCUUAUCGUCAUCCAAUUUGUGUUGUUGCAUGCUGAUAUGGAGAUUAGAUUUUGGUUGCCUGCUUGAUCUGUUGAGAGACAACUUCGAGUAGAGGAAGCUUGCUCUCAGGUAACUUGUUGUAUGAACCGAGGAAUGCUCCUAUAUUAUUUGUCACCAAGGCAGGUUGUGGGAAGAGCUAAGGAAAGCAUCUCCUUUGCUUAUCAUCGAGGGACCUAUGUCAUGC